GCUCAGUCGGGUUUUGGUGUGUUGUGUGGAAGCAAUAGCGUGCUCCUCCGCACAUUUGUUGACAUGAAUUGAACCCUUUUCCGUCUAUUUACAUUUAUUUAUAAUAAUUAUCACAUGGUACAGUCACAUUAACUUAUUCAAGAUGGAAAAUUCUGCCUACGCACCCAAUCCUCUUCCACCCCCUGCCUUGGUUGUUUUCUCGCAAGCUGGCGGACUUCCUGAGGCGCUGCGGAUGCAAAGACCUUUCAACCCACAGACGCCUGAAGUCAAAGACCUGCACAUACCCUUUUCCACCUCUGGUUUCGGCCUCCGGCAUAUGGAUGGCUACCCCGGUCUGCCGGCUCACCUACUGCACCACCUGCAGCCCCAGUUCCUCCACCCGGCGCUAGACCCGAGGCUACCCUUCGGCUCCGGGGCCUUCCGACCGCUGGCCUCGUCGCCGGUCCACGAAGGGAAAGGCUUCGCCUCCGCCUUCGCGCCGCCGUCCAAGUGCCUCAAGGUGGAGACGAGCAACGGCACGCACGAAACGACCCUGUUCUCCCCCGGCGCCGCGGCCGAAGAACGGAACUACAUGAACGGGCAGGCGCAGCAACGCUCAGACUCAAGUUCCCCCGCCUCAGUGUCCAUCUCCCCCCCGAACCUGCACCAAGUAGUGAAGGAAGAAAGCUCCGACGCCCCCAUGUCCGAGGACCGCGACGGCACCGCCACGCCGGGCUCCGUGUCGGAGGGCACGGAGCGCUCCACGCCGGAGGAGGGCCGCGGCUUCAGAAGUGAGUACCUCCUGCGGUGCCUGGACGCGUCGCUACGCCGGCGCAAGAAGCUGGUGCAGGACCCCGCCUGCUGCCCGGUGUGCGGCGUGACGGUGCGCGCGGGCGAGCUGGAGUCGCACUUCCUGCAGGAGCUGGACCGCCUGUUCAAGAUGUCGCCGGCCGGGCGCGCGCGCCGGUCGCACGGCCCGCCGCACGGCCCGGGCCCCGCCAACACCGCCCCCGCGCGCCCGGGCAACAUCGGCUCCACGGCGGACGGCACCGCGGAGGGCCGCUGGGAGACGUACCAGCGGAUCAAAGCCAACCGGACGAGUCGACUGCGGAUCAAGAACCGCAAGCGGAAGGCGGACGAGGCGACGUGCCCCGUCUGCAACGAGCGCUUCCAGGGCUCCGUCGAGGAGCUCAACCUGCACGUGGAGCACUGCCUGCGGAAGAAUGGCGGCGUGGACGAGGACGAGAACGUGGACGUGGAGGGCGACUCGGAGACCUUCGAGGAGUACGAGUGGGCCGGCCAGAAGCGGAUACGCGCCUCAACCUUGCUGCAGGGCGGCUACGCAGGCGCCGGCAUGGUGACGUCGAGCAGUCGGGGCGGCGCCGAGGAGGACGACAGCGAGCUGGUGGUGGACGGCGACGAGACGGCGACCUACGGGCCGUCGCAGUACUCCGAGGCCGACGUGGUGCCCCCCAGCUCGGAGGAGCCGGAGCGCGACGCGCUGCGUGAGGCGGUGCUCAGCCCCGACGGCCGGGCCACCCCGGCCACCCCCAGGACGGCCGGCGACGUGGCCUCGUCCUCCACCGCGGACGACCUCAAGGACGACGCCAAGGACAAGGACGGCGACGAGCACAUGACCCCGCCGGCCGAGGGCGGCGCCGAAGGGUCAGCCGCCAACCCCACCCUGGAGGCACUCAAGAGACGCAUCCGGGAGCUGGAGCUGGAGUCCAAGGCCGCCACCGUGGACAAACUCAAGUGCCUCAUUUGUAUGGAACGAUACAAGAAACCUGCCAUAUCAAUUUGCUGCUGGCAUGUUCAUUGUGAACAGUGUUGGUUACACACUUUGGGAGCUAAAAAGCUUUGUCCUCAGUGCAACAUGAUAACAUCACCUACAGAUUUGCGACGAAUCUACUUGUGACAUUUUUAACAGAUGGGCUGAGCCUGUGUAUUAUAAUGUAUAAAUUUUUAUGUACAGAUUCCUUUUCCUUAAGAGGCCAAUGUAAUUAAUUAGUCUUAGCCAUUGAUUAUGUAACUUAUGAAGUCACUUAUUUAUGUUAAUUGUUAUGUCCUUGUACAUAUUGGAACUAGAUAUUCCAAGAAAUGUGGAUGGUGUGAUAGAUGUGGAUUGCUUUGCCUGUUAUUCAUCUUUGGUCUUUUUGUUUAAGUUUUUCUGAAUGACCAUUAUGGCUGUAUUCUGAUCUAAAUUGUUUGUUGAUCAUAUCUUAAUCAUUUUUUCCUCAGCAUGAGUGUGAACUUAUUGCAUGAUAUAGUCGUGCAUUUCCAUUAUUUUAAUUGUAAUGGUAUCUGUGAGUUAACAUGUUUAAAUAAUGUCACUGAAGAGCUCGUGUGCAGUUUUGUCUGCAAGUGGUUGAGUCAUGUACAGAUUUCAUGUUAUUAUUAUUUUAUUAUGGGAUUGUAAUUUAAAAGUUGUACUGAUCUCAAGAGGUAGGCAGCCUCUUUAAAUUAUUGGAAACUAACUCAGUUGUGAUCUUAGGUAUGUCCAGUUUCUGUGACAAUUCUUUUUCUUUUUUCUGUCUUUAAUUACUACUGUUUUAAGUACUGUCUUCUGUAAAAAUGAAUGAGACAUCCUUGCCCAACAAAGAUUGUUCUGCUUUCAACAAACUCUACUCUAUUGUUAAAUCUUCACGUCUAGCGAGAUGCUAAAAUUGUGGAAGGUAAUUCCUUCUCAAAACAAAAUCAUAUUCGAUGCGUCUGCCUGGAAUCUAAUGCAUGAGUCACAUCAUGGCUGUAAAAGAAAUUUACAUCGUUAGUGAUCCUCAGUGCCAAUAUUCUGCAUGAAGUAUCUGAAUUGUUAAGUUAUAUUGUGAUACUGAUACAGUAUGAUAAAUGUUGUGGAUGCUACUUCUUGUUGCAUACACACGUUUAUCAAAAGUCAAACAGAUUGUAUCAUCAUCUGGAAAUCAGAAUUCUUUUGUUCUAUUGUUAAUAAAAAAAGCACUAUUUGCUGUUUUUUAAAAAUA